UCUUACACCACCAGCAUUCUACUUUCUCUGACUUCAGUUAGGAAAGAUAAUGUGAAGAUUGGUUUGGAUUUGUUGCAAAAUUAUAAUUGCACUGGGAACCUCAUUAAACCUCAUUGUCUGCGCGCUAAGGAUUGUCACCACACUUCUCAGAAAGUUGUAUUGUAGUAGACCUACCGCGACUUCACUAUCUGUCUCAACACGGCCCGUACAGACAACGGUUCUUUGAAGCAAACAGUCUGACAUCGACGCGUAGUUCUUUGCUCUGAAGCUGCUGAGUUAUAACCAGUAGGAGUUGAAGUGGUCAGUGUGACGAUGAUUCCAGCCUUGAACGGUGCCAGACAACUCGCCACAGGCAUGAAACGUGCCGCCACAGAGUUCCGGUUGCCGGUGCCCUGGGGCGAGCUGAGGGGCCAGGUGUGGGGCCCUGAGGAGGGGCGUCCAGUGUUAUGCAUGCACGGAUGGGCAGACAACUCGGGCUCCUUCAACCCAUUGAUACCGCUGCUGCCACAAGAUUGGCGGUGUGUGGCUGUGGACAUGGCGGGCCAUGGUCUCUCCUCCCCCAGGCCUCCUGGAGUCCUCUACACCUUCCCUGCAUACGUCAACGACGUCAGGAGAGUCGUGGAAGCGCUUCAGUGGAAGAGGUUCUCCAUACUUGGCCACAGCAUGGGGGGAAAUGUGGGUGGAAUGUUCAGCGCCCUCUUUCCUGAGAUGGUGGAGUCCCUGGUGCUUCUAGACUCAUUUGGAUUCCUGCCCACAAACACGAAAGAGUUGCCCAGUAUCAUGAGGAGGGGUAUGGAGGAGAUGAUCAGGCUGGAGAAGAGUGAGCGAGAGGGCAGGAAGGAGAGAGUUUACACCUAUGACCACGCCAAGCAGAGGCUACUGGAAGUCAACCCCAAACUAACAGACGAGUCAGCUAACCACCUUCUGGAGAGAGGACUGAGGGAGGUGGAAGGAGGUUUUGUGUUUACCAGGGACAUCAGAGUCAACUUUAAAAAUGUAACCCGUAUUAGUCUGGAGCAGAGUCUAGAGCUGCAGUCCAGGAUCCAGGCCAGAAUACUACUGCUGAUGGCUGAUGCAGGCCUGAAUAGAGUCUUCCAGCUUCCUGAGGAAUGCUCAGACGCCCUUAUGAAUGGCUACCAGAAAAAUAAGAACCUGAAGAUGGUGACAGUGGCGGGUGACCACCACGUCCACAUGAACCAGCCAGAGGCCGUAGCCACCAUCAUCACCGAAUUCCUGCAGCCAGCCCCCGACAACACAGCCAAGUUAUAACACACAUUUAUUUUAUAGGAAAGUUAUAGGAAAGGGCAGGGCCGGGUUAACACACAGGCUAGAUAUGGCUGCAGCCUAGGGGCCCCCACCUAUUAGAUAAAGUGUUGUGAAUGUGUGUGUGUGUG